CCGAGCAGAAGCAAAGCAAGAGCAAAGAGCAGAAGCAUAAGCACAAGCAAAGCAAAAGCAAGACAUAGAGACAAAAACCAGAGAUAUCUAAAUCAAAUCUCAGUUUAACCACAGACAUUGUGUUCUAGAAAGUGAAGUGUUGAUCUUGAAAGACCAUAGAAACAUUAAAACGAAAGUGAACCAAUUACUUGGAAUGGCCACCUUAUCGACACAUCCCAAUUACGGUUUCCAUUUGGGCCAGGCCCAGGGAUUGGAGGACUACGCCCCGCAGGGUCAGCUCCAGCUGAGUCCCGGCAUGGACAUGGAUAUCAAGAGGGUGCUUCACUACUCCCAGAGUCUGGCGGCCAUGGGUGGUUCGCCCAACGGGCCCGCCGGUCAGGGAGUAAAUGGCUCCUCGGGCAUGGGUCACCACAUGUCCAGUCACAUGACCCCACACCACAUGCACCAGGCCGUGUCCGCCCAACAGACCCUAUCGCCCAACAGUUCCAUCGGUUCCGCCGGCAGUCUGGGCAGCCAGAGCAGCCUGGGCAGCAAUGGCAGUGGUUUGAACUCCGGCUCGGGUCACCAGUCCGCCGGCAUGCACAGUCUGGCCACUUCGCCGGGUCAGGAGGGUCACAUCAAGCGUCCCAUGAACGCCUUCAUGGUCUGGUCCCGCCUGCAGCGUCGCCAGAUCGCCAAGGAUAAUCCCAAAAUGCACAACUCGGAGAUCUCCAAGCGUCUGGGUGCCGAAUGGAAGCUGCUGGCGGAGUCCGAGAAGAGGCCCUUCAUCGACGAGGCCAAGCGCCUGAGGGCCCUGCACAUGAAGGAGCACCCCGACUACAAGUACCGCCCGCGCCGCAAGCCCAAGAAUCCGCUGACCGCCGGACCCCAGGGUGGACUACAGAUGCAGGCCGGCGGCAUGGGUCAACAGAAGUUGGGCGCUGGACCGGGAGCCGGUGCCGGAGGCUACAAUCCUUUCCACCAACUGCCGCCGUACUUUGCACCCUCACAUCAUCUGGAUCAGGGCUAUCCGGUGCCGUACUUCGGGGGAUUUGAUCCGCUGGCCCUGUCGAAACUCCAUCAAUCCCAGGCAGCGGCGGCGGCGGCGGUCAAUAACCAAGGUCAGCAGCAAGGACAAGCCCCGCCCCAAUUGCCGCCCUCGUCGCUGAGCAGCUUCUACUCGGGCAUCUAUUCCGGCAUCUCGGCACCCUCGCUAUACGCCGCCCAUUCCGCCAAUGCCGCCGGACUCUACACAUCCUCGUCCACCUCCUCGCCAGGAUCCUCGCCCGGCACCAUCACGCCCAAUGGCAUGGAUGGCUCCAUGGACAGCGCCCUGAGGCGACCGGUACCGGUGCUCUAUUAGGGCCUCGAUUUAGGGUAGAGUACAGAGUAGAGUACAAUUGUUGAAGCAUUCCCAAAGUGAUCCACUGGUUUUAAAUCUUCAAAAGCUCUAAGUAAGCCAAUCCUCCUCCUAACCACUCCGCUUAAUUCUAGUACAAUCUUCGCGCACUUCAGAUCUUAGCAAUAAGUAAAAAACGUACACAAACACACAAAACAUUCCUAGCCAAUACACAAACUAUAAACUAUAAUUUAUUUAGCGCACUCACUACAACCACAAACAAGAAAAUGGAAAAAAACAAAAAACCUAAUUGUAAAUUAAUUUUAUUUAGUUUUAAGCAUUGAGAGAGCGCCUCCUCCUUGUUGUUUUUUUCGCAUCAGCACCAAUCUUAAAUGUAUCUUCUAGUUUUUAAUGUGUAACCCUCUCAAAUUGUAAAUAUCCCAGCCAAUUUCGUUAUAGUGUCAGUGUAGCCCCAAAUGCGAGGAAAAGAACGUACAUCAAUGUAUUAUUGUAUUAUUAAUUGUAUUAAAAGUAAACGUUAUCAUCUAAGCAAAAAAUGGUUUAUGAAAGCCAAUGCAAAACAAAGACAUUUAAAAAUGAAUAA